AGUGCUGAAAACCGGGCACCAGGGUUUCUCCGCGGUUAUGUUCCCUUCCCUGAGUCCUGCAGACGCCGUGAGCCUGGCUUUCCUGCUGAGCCAUGCUGGGAGGACCGGGGGCUGGGGUGAGAUCAGAGCAGAGAGUCCGGACUCACAGAAAACAACCUGUUCGGGAAGAUAAGCGGGAGAGAUUCCCGCUGAGCCCUGAGCCAGACGGCAUCCACAGCGUCACGGCCUUCUGCACCCUGCGUGUCACCAUCAUCACGGACGACAUGCUGACCAACAGCAUCACUGUCCGCCUGGAGAACAUGUCCCAGGAGAAGUUCCUGUCCCCGCUGCUGGCCCUCUUUGUAGAGGGGGUGGCCGCGGUGCUGUCCACCACCAAGGACGACGUCUUCGUCUUCAACGUCCAGAACGACACCGACGUCAGUUCCAACAUCCUGAACGUGACCUUCUCGGCGCUGCUGCCCGGCGGCGUCCGCGGCCAGUUCUUCCCGUCGGAGGACCUGCAGGAGCAGAUCUACCUGAACCGGACGCUGCUGACCACCAUCUCCACGCAGCGCGUGCUGCCCUUCGACGACAACAUCUGCCUGCGCGAGCCCUGCGAGAACUACAUGAAGUGCGUGUCGGUGCUGCGCUUCGACAGCUCGGCGCCCUUCCUCAGCUCCACCACCGUGCUCUUCCGGCCCAUCCACCCCAUCAACGGCCUGCGCUGCCGCUGCCCGCCCGGCUUCACCGGCGACUACUGCGAGACGGAGAUCGACCUCUGCUACUCCAACCCGUGCGGCGCCAACGGCCGCUGCCGCAGCCGUGAGGGCGGCUACACCUGCGAGUGCUUCCAGGACUUCACUGGAGAGCACUGUGAGGUGGAUGCCCGCUCAGGCCGCUGUGCUAACGGGGUGUGCAAGAACGGGGGCACCUGCGUGAACCUGCUCAUUGGCGGCUUCCACUGCGUGUGUCCUCCCGGCGAGUACGAGAGACCCUACUGCGAGGUGACCACCAGGAGCUUCCCGCCCCGGUCCUUCGUCACCUUCCGGGGCCUGAGACAGCGCUUCCACUUCACCGUCUCCCUCACGUUUGCCACCCAAGAAAGGAACGGCUUGCUGCUCUACAACGGCCGCUUCAACGAGAAGCACGACUUCAUUGCCCUGGAGAUCGUGGACGAGCAGGUGCAGCUCACCUUCUCUGCAGGUGAGACGACGACGACUGUGGCACCGAAGGUUCCCGGUGGUGUAAGUGACGGGCGGUGGCACUCUGUGCAGGUGCAGUACUACAACAAGCCCAACAUCGGCCACCUGGGCCUGCCCCACGGGCCAUCCGGGGAGAAGAUGGCCGUGGUGACGGUGGAUGAUUGUGACACAACCAUGGCUGUGCGCUUUGGAAAGGACAUCGGGAACUACAGCUGUGCUGCCCAGGGCACUCAGACCGGCUCCAAGAAGUCCCUGGAUCUGACCGGUCCUCUGCUCCUGGGUGGCGUCCCCAACCUACCAGAAGACUUCCCAGUGCACAACCGGCAGUUUGUGGGCUGCAUGCGGAACCUGUCAGUUGACGGCAAAAAUGUGGACAUGGCUGGAUUCAUCGCCAACAAUGGCACCAGGGAAGGCUGUGCCGCUCGGAGGAACUUCUGCGAUGGGAGGCGCUGUCAGAAUGGGGGCACCUGUGUCAACAGGUGGAACAUGUAUCUGUGUGAGUGUCCGCUCCGAUUUGGCGGGAAGAACUGCGAGCAAGCCAUGCCCCACCCCCAGCUCUUCAGCGGUGAGAGUGUCGUGUCCUGGAGUGACCUGAACGUCAUCAUCUCUGUGCCCUGGUACCUGGGGCUCAUGUUCCGGACCCGGAAGGAGGACAGCGUUCUGAUGGAGGCCACCAGCGGCGGGCCCACCAGCUUUCGCCUCCAGAUCCUGAACAACUACCUCCAGUUUGAGGUGUCCCAUGGCCCCUCCGAUGUGGAGUCCGUGAUGCUGUCCAGGUUGCGGGUGACCGACGGGGAGUGGCACCACCUGCUCAUCGAGCUGAAGAAUGUUAAGGAGGACAGUGAGAUGAAGCACCUGGUCACCAUGACUUUGGAUUAUGGGAUGGACCAGAACAGGGCAGAUAUCGGGGGCAUGCUUCCCGGGCUGACAAUCAGGAGCGUGGUGGUCGGGGGCGCCUCUGAAGACAAGGUCUCCGUGCGCCGUGGAUUCCGAGGCUGCAUGCAGGGAGUGAGGAUGGGGGGGACGCCCACCAACGUCGCCACCCUGAACAUGAACAAUGCGCUCAAGGUCAGGGUGAAGGACGGCUGUGAUGUGGAGGACCCCUGUACCUCGAGCCCCUGUCCCCCCCACAGCCGCUGCCAUGACACCUGGGAGGACUACAGCUGCAUCUGUGACAAAGGGUACCUUGGAAUAAACUGUGUGGAUGCCUGUCACCUGAACCCUUGCGAGAACAUGGGGGCCUGCGUACGCUCCCCCGGCUCCCCGCAGGGCUACGUGUGCGAGUGCGGGCCCAGCCACUACGGGCCGUACUGCGAGAACAAACUCGACCUUCCGUGCCCCAGAGGCUGGUGGGGGAACCCUGUCUGUGGACCCUGCCACUGUGCUGUCAGCAAAGGCUUUGAUCCUGAUUGUAAUAAGACCAACGGCCAGUGCCAAUGCAAGGAGAAUUACUAUAAGCCCCCAGCCCAGGAUACCUGUCUGCCCUGCGACUGCUUCCCUCAUGGCUCCCACAGCCGCACUUGCGACAUGGCCACUGGUCAGUGUGCCUGCAAGCCCGGCGUCAUCGGCCGCCAGUGCAACCGCUGUGACAACCCGUUUGCCGAGGUCACCACAUUCGGCUGUGAAGUGAUCUACAACGGCUGUCCCAAAGCAUUUGAGGCUGGGAUCUGGUGGCCACAGACCAAGUUCGGGCAGCCGGCUGCAGUGCCGUGCCCCAAGGGAUCCGUCGGAAAUGCGGUCCGACACUGCAGCGGGGAGAAGGGCUGGCUGCCUCCAGAGCUCUUUAACUGCACCACCAUCUCCUUCGUGGACCUCAGGGCCAUGAAUGAGAAGCUGAGCCGCAACGAGACGCAGGUGGAUGGUGCUGGGGCCCUGCGGCUGGUGAGGGCGCUGCGCAACGCUACACAGCACACGGGCACGCUCUUUGGCAAUGACGUGCGCACGGCCUACCAGCUGCUGGGCCGCGUCCUUCAGCACGAGAGCUGGCAGCAGGGCUUCGACCUGGCAGCCACACAGGAUGCCAACUUCCACGAGGACAUCAUCCGCUCGGGCAGCGCCCUCCUGGCCCCGGCCACCAGGGCGGCAUGGGAGCAGAUCCAGCGGAGUGAGGGUGGCACGGCACAGCUGCUCCAGCGCCUCGAGGGCUACUUCAGCAACGUGGCACGCAACGUGCGACGGACCUACCUACGGCCCUUCGUCAUCGUCACCGCCAACAUGAUUCUGGCCGUCGACAUCUUUGACAAGUUCAACUUUACGGGAGCCAGGGUCCCGCAGUUCGACGCCAUCCGCGAAGAGUUCCCCAGGGAGCUGGAGUCCUCCGUCUCCUUCCCAGCCGACUUCUUCAAACCACCUGAAGAAAAAGAAGGCCCCCUGGUGAGGCCGGCCGGCCGGAGGACCAGCCCGCAGAGCCCGCGCCCGGAGCCUGGCACCGAGAGGGAGGCCCCGAUCAGCAGGCGGAGGCGACACCCUGAUGACGCUGGCCAGUUCGCCGUUGCCCUGGUCAUCAUUUACCGCACCCUGGGGCAGCUCCUGCCAGAGCGCUAUGACCCCGACCGUCGCAGCCUCCGGCUGCCUCACCGGCCCGUCAUUAAUACCCCGAUGGUGAGCGCACUGGUGUACAGCGAGGGGGCUCCGCUCCCGAGACCCCUGGAGAGGCCCGUCCUGGUGGAGUUCGCCCUGCUGGAGGUGGAGGAGCGAACCAAGCCGGUCUGCGUGUUCUGGAACCACUCCCUGGCCGUCAGUGGGACGGGAGGGUGGUCUGCCCGGGGCUGCGAGCUCCUGUCCAGGAACCGGACACACGUCGCCUGCCAGUGUAGCCACACAGCCAGCUUUGCAGUACUCAUGGACAUAUCCAGGCGUGAGAAUGGGGAGGUCCUGCCCCUGAAGAUCGUCACCUACGCCGCCAUGUCCUUGUCGCUGGCGGCCCUGCUGGUGGCCUUCGUCCUCCUGAGCCUGGUCCGCACACUGCGCUCCAACCUGCACAGCAUUCACAAGCACCUCGCUGCGGCACUGUUCCUCUCUCAGCUGGUGUUCGUGAUUGGGAUCAACCAGACGGAAAACCCGUUCCUGUGCACGGUGGUCGCCAUCCUCCUCCACUACAUCUACAUGAGCACCUUUGCCUGGACCCUCGUGGAGAGCCUGCAUGUCUACCGCAUGCUGACUGAGGCACGCAACAUCGACACGGGGCCCAUGCGGUUCUACUACGUCGUGGGCUGGGGCAUCCCGGCCAUUGUCACAGGACUGGCGGUCGGCCUGGACCCCCAGGGCUACGGAAACCCGGACUUCUGCUGGCUGUCCCUGCAAGACACGCUGAUUUGGAGCUUUGCGGGGCCCAUCGGAGCCGUUAUAAUUAUCAACACAGUCACUUCUGUCCUAUCUGCAAAGGUUUCCUGCCAAAGAAAACACCAUUAUUAUGGGAAAAAAGGGAUCGUCUCCCUGCUGAGGACCGCCUUCCUCCUGCUGCUGCUCAUCAGCGCCACCUGGCUGCUGGGGCUGCUGGCUGUGAACCUCGAUGCACUGAGCUUCCACUACCUCUUUGCCAUCUUCAGUGGCUUACAGGGCCCCUUCGUCCUCCUCUUCCACUGCGUGCUUAACCAGGAGGUCCGGAAGCACCUGAAGGGUGUGCUCGGCGGGAGGAAGCUACACCUGGAGGACUCCACCACCACCAGGGCCACCCUGCUGACGCGCUCCCUCAACUGCAACACCACCUUCGGCGAUGGGCCCGACAUGCUGCGCACGGACCUGGGCGAGUCCACCGCCUCGCUGGAUAGCACUGUCAGGGAUGAAGGAGUCCAGAAGCUCAGCGUGUCCUCUGGGCUGGUGCGGGGCAGCCACGGAGAGCCAGACGCAUCCUUCGUGCCCAGGAGCUCCAAGGACCCCCCUGGCCAUGAUUCCGACUCAGAUAGCGAGCUGUCCCUGGAUGAGCAGAGCAGCUCUUAUGCCUCCUCACACUCGUCAGACAGCGAGGACGACGGGGUGGGGGCUGAGGAAAAAUGGGACCCGACCAGGGGCGCCAUCCAUAGCACCCCUAAAGGGGAUGCCGUGGCCAACCACAUUCUGGCCACCUGGCCUGACCAGAGCCUGGCUGAGAGUGACAGUGAGGACCCAGGCGGCCAGCCCCGCCUGAAGGUGGAGACCAAGGUCAGCGUGGAGCUGCACCGCGAGGAGCAGGGCAGUCACCGUGGAGAGAAUCCCCCAGACCGGGAGAGCGGGGGCACGGCCAGGCCUGCUAGCUGCCAGCCUCCAGAGCAGAGGAAAGGCAUCUUGAAAAAUAAAGUCACCUACCCACCGCCGCUGAUGCUGACAGAGCAGACGCUGAAGGGCCGGCUCCGGGAGAAGCUGGCCGACUGUGAGCAGAGCCCCACAUCCUCGUGCACGUCCUCCCUGGGCUCUGGCGGCCCCGACUGCGCCAUCACCGUCAAGAACCCCGGGAGGGAGCCGGGGCGUGAGCACCUCAACGGGGUGGCCAUGAACGUGCGCACCGGGAGCGUCCAGGCCGACGGCUCAGACUCCGAGAAACCGUGAGGCAAGCCCGUCACCCCCACACAGGCUACGGCAUCACUGAGCCCUCAGAGCUUGGAGCCCGAGGGGCCACUGCCCUUGAAGUGGAGUGGGCCCAGAGUGUGGCGGUCCCCACGGUGGCAGCCCCCGGACUGGUCAUCCAGACACAAAGGUCUUGGCUCUCCCAGGAGCUCAGGGCCUGUCAGACCUGGUGACAAGUGCCAAAGGCCACAGGCAUGAGGGAGGCGCAGACCACUGGGCCAGCACCGCUGGAUCCUAAGACUGCAGCCAGAGCCAGAUCUGCGAGGGGACCCCAGACAGGGCCCAGAGGCUGCCCAGAGUUCAGGAACGCCAGGCACAGACCAAAGACUGUGGUCCAGCCCCGCCCAGGUGGGCAUCUCAUGGCAGUGCAGACGCCUGGCUGGAAGCCCGGCAGCCCUUUGCAAAGGCACCCCUUGUCUUAAAAUCACUAUGUGGGAAAGCUGUAGAUACUUUUAUAUAUUUGUAUUGGACUCUGAGGAGGUGAAACCUGUAUAUAUUUUGCAUUCGUGCUGACUUUGUUAUCCCAGGAGAUCCAUGCGAUGAUCCCUUGCUGUCUUCCGUGUAAAGAUUGCACAGUUGUACUUGAAUCUGGCAUGUGUUGACGAAACUGGUACCCCAGCAGAUCAAAGGUGGAAAAUAUGUCAGCAGUGGGGCUAAAACCAAGCAGUUAGAAGCCCUAUAGCUGCCUUUGGCCAGGAAGCGAGGAUGGCAUGGGCCCUCCCCGCCGGCCCCCUGGGUCCCUGGUAUUCGCUGUGCAUGCGUUUGCCCUCUGCCCUGGCUGUGUGAAUUUAAGAUGGGGCAGUGCAGGACUAGGCAGGUGUGAGAAGCCUUGCUGAGGUCACUGUGGGGCAUGGUUGCCACACGGCUGUCAUUUUUCAUCUGGUCAUUCCCUGACCACCACCCCCUCCCAGGUGGCCUGGCAGCUGCAGGUGGGGAUGGAUUUCUCCUUUGCUCCUGCUUCCCGUGGGACCUGGGACCUUAAAGUCUUGCAGGUUCCUGAUUUGGACACAGGUAUGGGGCCCUCCAGGCCAUUACAUCCCUCCUGCCAGUUCUCUAGCUCUUUGAGACUCCGAGGAUCUCCCGGGGCACGGGUUCCCACCCCAUGCCCGGCGUCUGACCAGUUACUUCAUUUUGCUUCAGAUGGCCAAUUGUGCAGAGGGACAAAGCCACAGCCUUCAAUGGUUACCAAACUGUUUUUGGAAACUCACACCAAGGUCGGGCCCACUGCAGGCAGGCAGCUGGCACAGUGUGGCCCGAGGGGCUGUGGAACGGCCGGAACUGUCAGACAUGUUUGAUUUUAGCGUUUCUUUUGUUCUUCAAAUCAGGCGCCCAAAUAAGUGAUCAGCACAGCUGCUUCCAAAUAGGAGAAACCAUAAAAUAGGAUGAACAUCAAGUAAAAUGCAAAGAUAUCCACACUAAGUUUUAAACCUGACCCUGAUGAAAAUGUGAGCACUGUUAGCAGAUGCCUGUGAGAGGAAAAGCGUAUCUGAAAAUGGUCCAGACAGGAGGAUGAAAUGAGAUCCCCAAGUCCUCACACCUGAAUGAAUUAUACAUGUGCCUUACCAGGUGAGUGGUCUUUCGAAGAUACAAAACUCUAGUCCCUUUAAACGUUUGCCACUGGUGUUUCCUAAGUACGAAAAGGUCUUGAAGUCUUCGAACAGUCUGCUUUCAUGACUUUAACAGGAUUCCACCCCCUGAGGUGUAAUUUUUUGUUUUGUUCUAUUUUUUUUUUUCACAUACUCCACAGCCAACAUCAUGAGGUGUAAUUUUUAAUUUGGUCAGAACUGUUACCAAAAAACAACUGUCAGUUUUAUUGAGACAGGCAAAAUGUAAACUUAUUUUUAUUAAGACUUUAUGGGAGAGAUUAGACACUGGAGGUUUUUAACAGAUGUGUAUUUAUUAAUGUUCAAAACACUGGAAUUACAAAUGAGAAGAGUCUACAAUAAAUUAAGAUUUUUGAAUUUGUA